CCAAGUUAACAACAUAAACCUCGUUGUGUUCUGCCGCCAUUUUUUUCGAAAACCCCGGUCUUUGAAAUUCACCAGCAAAAAACUUGAAGUGGAGUGAAGCCAUUGCGUUGCAGAGUUGAGAAUGGGGAAGAAAGCAAAAGGGUCAAGGAAGGGUAAGAAGGCGUGGAGGGCCAACAUCAGCACCGAAGAGAUAGAAGAUUUCUUCGAGAAAUCAACGAAGGACGCUCUUUCUGGUGGCUCUCUUCAAGCCCUUUCCAGUGAUUCCCUCUUUUACGAAGACAAGUCCAAAGAUCUUGCGGUGAAGAAGAAGAUCGAGAAGCACAGGGAGAGAGUGCUGCACUGUGAUAGUCUGCUACAGAAAAAGUGUUCUAAAAACCGGAAAACUGUGUCUGAUGUGAAAGUGGUCAAUCAAGAUGAUAAUAAGGAUGAGUCUACCAUGUUUGAUCUAUGGAAUGAUAAAGGUGAGGAUAACAAGCAAGUGAAAAAGGUAUCAAAGCCUACUCUCAUUCCAGAAGUAGAGGUUGAUCCUCCAGGCUGCUCUUUCAAUCCCUCGUUUGAAAGUCACCAGGAUACAUUAGCUUCUGCUGUUGCAGAAGAAAUGCAAAAAGUCUACAAAAAGGAAUUGGGCCCUGAACCUGUGCCAUUAACUGUUCCUGGAGAAGCUAUUGCUGAAGAAGAUAUGUAUUUUCUUGAUGUGGACGAUGGGAAUGAUUAUGAUGAUAGUAAUCUUGAAAAUGAGGAUGAAAAUGAAGAUGCUGCAUCAGACAAAAACUCUUUUGAUUUACAUUUGCAACAUAAUUUAUCGAAAGAAGAAAUUGACUGCAAAAGUAAUGUGAAAUUUAGCUGGGAGACUCCAGCUGUUGGUAUGAAAAAUUGUAAAUGGAUAGGAACUGGAGAGAACAUUAUGGAGGAUUUGGAUAUCAGUUCUUGUCAUGGUCUCAAGGCAAAGUUGUCUGAGCAUUGGAUGGAUGUCUACAAGACAUCUGGGGGCAAAGAUAUCAGUUCACCUAAACAAAGCAUGUUUUUCUCCCUUUGCAGCAGCUACCGGGAUAUACUUUACUGUAAUAAGAGGCCUUUCUAUUUCAAAGGCCUCGAAGAUGCAAGCAUUAUGGAUGCAUACAUAAUGCAUUCUCUCAAUCAUGUCUUCAGAACUAGAGACUCUGUGAAAAAAAAUGAUGCCAAACUGACCAAGCUUAAAGAGUAUACUGAAAGUGAUAAAUUUCGAGAUCAAGGUUUUACUCGACCAAAGGUUUUAAUAUUAUUGCCAUUAGCAAGUAUUAUGUAUCGUGUUGUAAAGAGGCUUAUACAUCUUACACCUUCAGCUUACAAGGUCAAUGUUGAACAUAAGGAUCGUUUUACCACUAAAAUUGGAAGUGAAGAACAUACAAGUGAUAUAGAAAAUGUUGACGACGAAAAUGCGAAACCUCAUAAGUCUUCCAAAGCAUCUGACUUUCAAAUGCUUUUUGGUGGAAAUAACGAGGAUGACUUCAUGAUUGGCAUCAAAUUCACGAGGAAGACAAUCAAAUUGUUCAGUGAUUUCCAUACCUCAGACAUUAUUAUUGCUUCAGCACUAUGCUUGGUUAAUAAAAUUGAGGAGGUUGGGAUUAACAAGGAAAAAGAUGUAGAUUUUCUUUCAUCCAUAGAGGUUCUGAUUAUUGAUCAUGCAGAUGUAAUAUCAAUGCAGAAUUGGUCUCAUGUGCAUACAAUUAUUGAACACUUGAACCGCUUACCAUCCAAGCAACCUGGAACAGAUGUAAUGCGCAUUAGACCUUGGUAUCUUGAUGAUCACGCAAGAUUUUACAGGCAAACAAUAAUACUGGGUUUUUAUUCGAAUCCAGAUAUAAAUGCUUCAUUCAAUCAUCAUUGUGUUAAUUAUGAAGGGAAGGUGAAACUGAUGUGUGAAUUCAAAGGUGUCUUACACAAAGUGUUACCGGAAAUAAGACAAAUUUAUGAACGAUUUGAUGUAGACUCGAUAGUACAAGCUGAUGAUGCCCGUUUUGAUUAUUUUAUUACAAAGGUUUUCCCCAGAAUAAAAGAUUUAGAUCAAGGAGGGACGAUGUUGUUUACCAAUUCUUACUUUGAAUUUAUUCGACUCCGUAAUUUCUUAAAGUCACAGAAUGCUUCCUUUUGUUUGCUUGGGGAGUAUACAACCCAAAGUGAUAUCUCUCGUGCACGUCUUUGGUUCUAUGAAGGAAGUAGAAAAGUUAUGCUUUACACUGAGAGAUCUCAUUUUUACCACAGAUAUAAGAUUCGAGGGGUUCAGAAUUUAAUCAUUUAUUCACUCCCAGAGAGGAAGGAAUUUUACCCUGAGAUUGUGAAUAUGCUUUACGGGUCUAACAAUAUGACUUGCACUGUCCUAUUUUCCUGCCUCGACAAGCUUCGGCUGGAAAGAAUUGUUGGCACUACUCCAACCAAAAGAAUGGUGGCUGCGGAGAAGGGUGUUUUUGUUUUCUGCCACUAGAAUUCUGCCUCGGAAACCAUGCAAAAUAACUCGAAAAUUAUUGUAACACGAGCAUGACUGGAAAAUAACUUGCUGCAACACCAAUUGGAUCUGGUCCAUCUUCGUGUCCUGCGAUUUGGAUUGGACUGCAAGAGCUGCUUUGAGUUUCUUCACCGUGAAUGACAAACAACGCAGAUCCUCCGCCUGGUGUUUGACCUCAGUUCAUAUCAAUGAAAGCACCAAUGAAACAGUGCUAAAUAGACGAAAACAACUUGUUCUGCUAUUAACAAAAGAGAUUACGUAUGACCACAAUCAACAGGGCAAAUUAAACAAUCACAAAAGUAAUGAUAAGGACAAAGGAGGUGCAAUGGAGGUAUAGCAAUUGUAGAAAUGAAUCAUUCCAGAAAAGGGAAUAAAGGAGGGACAAAAUCAGUGACAGAGACGCAGAGCAAAGGUUGAGGAACAAUGACAGCAGAGAGAGAAUCAUACCACACUUUUGCGCUCUCUUAAUUUUAUGUUCUCCUUUCUAUUACGUGAACUUUUGCGUUCUUUCUGACCCUUUGUAUUGCUUGCCACGUGUCCCUCACGCUUUUGUGCGUGUUACAGUUUUUGGAGGAUGCAUGGAGGGACAUGGCUCGACAACUAAAUUCAUGGAGAGAAAUCCCCGGUUGGUUUUUUGUAUAUCAGUGUUCAUUUAAGGCACUACUUCAUACACAAUGUACGUUCCUAGAGUCAAAUGUAUCAGAGGCUAUUUUUAUGAACAAAUUAUAUCAUAGAUUGAAUUAGGAGUUUAUAGGAAACAUUGAGCCAAGAUUUUGAAGUUAAAUGAAAACUCUAUCUUUUAGUGUUAGUUUUA